GAAAACCCAUCCGAGAUAUGAAAUUGCUCGCAUCCAAACAGGUCCAAUUGAGCCCAAUAUACCAAUUCCCAUCUCUCUCUCUCUCUAAACUCCUCCGACUCCAUCUCUCUCUCUCUCUCUAAGAAUCGUUGAUCCUAUUCAAUGGGCGCUACCAGUGGCGACGUCGAGGCAGGUUUCGCCAAGCUACAAGGCGAGGAUUUUGAGUACUAUAUGCAGACUUACUCCAUAAUCUUGGGCCGCAAUUCCAAGAAAUCGACCGUCGACGUCGACCUCUCGAGCCUCGGCGGCGGCAUGAAUAUAUCCCGCCACCACGCCCGCAUCUUCUACGACUUCGCCCGCCGUCGUUUCGCUCUCGAGGUCCUCGGCAAGAAUGGCUGUCUGGUUGAGGGCGUGCUUCACCUCCCGGGAAAUCCUCCCGUAAAGCUCGAUUCUCAGGAUCUGCUUCAGAUUGGGGACAAGGAGUUCUACUUCUUGCUUCCCGUCAGGAGUAUUUUGGGUGGGCCGGUUGGGCCCAGGCAUUACGCGGGUCACGGUUCUUCCGUUGCGGCGGCCGCAGCCGGGGCUGUGGUUCCGGCCCAUUAUAAUUAUCACAUGGGGUCUGCUGCUGCUGGGGCUGGAUCGGUUGGGAAGAAGGGGAGGGGAAGGGAGUACUAUGAAGAGGAGUAUGAUGAUGAUGAUGACAUUGGUGGUGGUGGCAGUAGUGGUAAGAAAUCGAGAAGAGAAGGGUAUGAUGGUUAUGGCUAUGGUGCUGCUGGAGGGUCCGGUGGCAAGGCUGGGGCCUUAGAGAAGAAGGGAGAUGGAAGGUCAAGAAUUGAGCGAGAAAAUGAUAACCAACAGCUUCUGCAGUUGGAGGAGAAGGAUGUUGUUUCAUCUGUUGCUACAGUGCUUUCUGAUUUAUGUGGUCCAGGAGAGUGGAUGCCAAUGGAGAAACUUCAUGCUGAGUUGGUGGAGCAGUUUGGUAAUGUUUGGCAUCAUAGUCGAGUAAGGAGAUAUCUUACAUCUGAGGAUUGGCCUGGUCCUGAAUCAAAGGGGAAACCGUGGUAUGGCCUUUUAAUGUUGCUCAGGAAAUACCCAGAACACUUCGUCAUCAACACAAGAUCGAAGGGCCGGAUCACCCUCGAAUUCGUCUCUCUUGUUUCUCUUCUUUCAUAGAAACAUGAGACUGCAUUGGGUUGACCAUUAGUUCUGACCAUUUACAGUUUAGUUUUGUUUAGCAAGUUCUUCGGCCAAUGGCAAUGCUCUCUGUUUUGGUUAGCCCCGUUGUGUAUGGUCACAUGUAGAUUUACUAACCGGUAAUGAAUUAAUUUGGCAUGUUGUAGGGUUUUUGUUUUUGCCACUAAAACUGUGUAAAUAGUGGUUUCUGGUCACAGAACGAAGUAACUCUUAAACAAUGCCUAUUUGUGUUUAGAAUUAUGUUUUCUCCUAAACAAUGCCUAUUUGUGUAAA